AUGUCUAUCAAAGACAGCACAAAGGCAAAGGCAUCUGCCAACCAUAGCAUGCUGAGCGAUGCAUCCCUGUUCAUGCACUUUGUGGAUGCGAUACACUCUGUGUACCAGCCAUGUAACAUAAUCUCCUCAGAUACAUCAAACUAUCGUCUCAGGCAGCAAACUCAGGAGAAAACACACAUCAACCCAUGUUAUGCUGAGUCUGUGUCUAAUCGCACAUUACAUAACAAACAUCCAGUGCCUUUUAUAGAAGAUACAAAUGGAUUUGGAUGUGCAUUCUGCAAUGUGAGAUACAUAUACAAGAGGUGCCUGAUCACCCAUCUUAUGAAAACACACAACAUAGAUCUAAAAAAUCCUCAAAGGUCUAUUGAUUUCCAAUAA